AUGAGUUCACCUACACCUAGUUUUAGCAGCAGACCUCCUGCCCAAUAUCCACUUUUAAUUCAAUCCUCUCUUAUGUUUUGUCCUCUGGCCCUGGCCUAUUUAUAUAAUCAGUCACUCCCAAUCCGUUUAUCCAUAUUCCUUCCCUCCUUCCCAUUCUUCAAAUCCAUUUUCCCUUGUUCCUCUAAUCUGUUACUCAUCAAGUUCAUCAUACCCUCAUGGAGACUGUUGAAUUAAAGGUGGAGAUGGUUGGCAUACAUGAGAAAAGACUGCGGAAAUGCCUGUCCAAAUUGAAAGGCAUAGAGAAAGUAGAGGUGGAUGGGAAUAGUCAGAAGGUGGUUGUGACAGGGUAUGCACAUCGGAACAAGAUACUUAAAGCUGUGAGGAGAGGUGGUUUGAAAGCUGACUUCUGGUCUGCCCAAAAUGAGCUCCUUAGUGCAUAUGCCAGUGCCAGCUACGGAAGCUUGGCAUUUAACAACAACAACUUUGGCUUCUUCUAA